AUGAAAUUAUCAACGAAAGUUAAACUAAUUUCUCGUACAACCCUUAUUAAAGCAGCAAUAACCAUAUCAAUUUUUACAAUUUGCUUUAAUAUAAUUGAAGGAACCAUUUCAAUAUUAUCUGGUGCAGAAAAUGAAUCCAUUAGUUUAAUUUUUUUCGGUAUAAAUUCUUUCGUCGAAGUUACCUCAGCAUGUUUAGUAAUAUGGAGAUUUUCAAGAGAAAAAAGUCUUAAAGAAACAUCUACAAUCAAAUUAAUUAAUAUUGAAAAAAAAGCAACCAUUUGUAUAGGUUCAUUAUUUAUUCUACUUGCAAGUGGAACAUUUGUUAAUGCGAUCAUCGCUUUAGUUAAACAUAGAGCGCCAAAUUCUACUGUAGUAGGUUUAAUAGUUACUUCUAUUUCCUUAUUCAUUAUGAGUUUUAUUUGGCUUAUGAAGGUCUAUGCCGCUAAAUUACUUAAUUCUUUUACAAUGGCAUCUGAUGCUAAAUGCGCUUUAUCCUGUAUUCAAAUAACACUUAUUGUAUUUUUUGGUAGUUUAAUUUACACGGUUUGGAAAAAUGGUUGGUGGGUAGAUUCUGCUGUAGCUUUAAUUUUAAGUAUAUUAUUCGCAAAAGAGGGUGUAGGAAUGAUUCUUUGGGCAAGAAGUAGUGAUUUUAAUGGGAAUUGUUGCAAAAGUGAUUUAAUUAAGAAGGGAAGUAUCGGUAAUAAUAGUUGUGAAGAUCUUAAAGAAUGCAAAAUUACCGUGUCGACUAAAGAAGUUAUUAAUGAAGAAAAUGGAAAUUCUCAAAAUGAUAUCAAAGAAACAAGCAGAGAGAUUUCGAUGGCAAUCAAUCAGAUAUAG